UGAGAAUCCGGAAAUAAGUUUAUUCACCGGUUAUUGAGGGCGUUGUUGGCGUGAAGAAGGGGUCAGCAAACUAGUCACUUGUUCGUGAAGAGUUGAAAUAUUAGAUGAUGUGAUUCACGCAGCACUGUCAAUCAUUUGUCGCUUCUUAACAUAUAAUUUGCUGAACGAAAAUGAAAGGAGGACAGCAAGGGGUUGUGCUGAAGCUGUUUUUGUUGAUAAUAGUUCCCCAGCUGUCAAGUUCCAACGUCGUUCAUCAAGCAGAUGUUGAGGAAUAUGUCAUAGGGAGAAGAGGUGGUUCUAAAUCCGAUUUGUUCUUUUUGAAUUAUAAGAAUGGAUCUUACUGCAUUGAGGAUCCAAACCAGGUUUCUAAAUGGUGCACGACACUGAAAGCAAGCUACGAUGGUACUGUGACUAAUCGAAAGUCUUGCGGUUGCAAGUGCCAGUUCGGUCAUCCUACUUUUCUGUCGCAAACACUAACCUGUAUCAAUGAGAAUCAAGCAGAGAGGCUAGGAGGAUGUUCGUCUGGCUACAUACAUUUCAAAAAGGACUGGCAAAGUGAGAAACUGUUGUCUGAAGCAGUAGAUCUUUUAGUGGCAAACUCAAAGGAACUUGCACCUUCACAGUCCAGAGGUACCUGCUCAGUGAUCAAUGGGCAGUACUUUGAUUACAGUGGCUUUCAGAUUGAAUGGAAAAGUAUACAUCACCAAAUAUUCAGUUUUUGCAACAGUGAUAACAAAUUGAAACUUCAGUGGACACCAGACAAGAAUAGAAACCUCUCUGGCAGAAUCAUUCGCCUUAAUGUUACAUGCCAUGUUAACACUAGUUCCAUUACCCAGUCACCAAUGGAACGUUGUAUGCUUUUCAAGGCAUCAGGGAAUGUGACAUAUUAUGCCCCUUCAAAGACAAUGUCUGUACUAGCUGUUACAACUGCUUUGAGUUCUCACACUCCAUCAUCAUUCUAUUCAUCUUUACCUUCUCUUCAAUUACCACAAUCAGCACAAAUAUUCUCACUGCCACCAAAGCCACAACCAACAUUGUCACCAUUACCUUCCCCUUCACUGAGUGCUACCACAAGUAGUCCCACAGCACACACUCCAUCAUCAUUCUAUUCAUCUUCACCAUCUCUUCGAUUACCACAAUCAGCACAAAAAUUCUCACUGCCACCAAAGCUACAACCAACAUUGUCACCAUUACCUUCCCCAUCACUCAGUGCUACCACAAGAAGUCUCACAAUGCACACAGACAGAUUUUCAACAUUUUUAUCAACACACAUUCAAACCAGUUCACUUCAAACAAGGCCAGCAUUACGCUCGUCUAGACCAAUUCUGCCACCAACAUCAAAAGCUGAAAUGGAAAGUUACUUGCCAGUCAAUUCAAAGGAAAUUUCUGAACCAGGAAUAAACACAGGGAUCCCAAAAUCUUCAGUUAGCACUGGGGAACCAAAUUAUAGCGAAGCCUCAGAGUUACCACCCACAGAGUUAAGUCUUCCUACCAGGGAUGGUCCAGGAGACAAAGAGGCUAGAAAAAGUGGAAAAGACAAAGGAGUAGCAAUUGGUGCAGGAGUUGGUGGUGCUGUUGCUUUUGGGAUUAUUGUCAUAGGGGUGAUCAUUAUAUUUUGUCGGAGAAAAAAGUCACGGGAAAAUACUGAAAUGAAAGCAAAACUAGACGUAGGAGUUAAGAACCCAGUGUAUGGAAAACCUCAGGAUGACAUUGAAAUAGAAAGACCAAGGGAGAAAGCCAAAACUCUCAGUGAACAAGAGAGUCAACCAACAUACAUGGAACUUGUUGAUAAAAAGGGAUUUCCAGCAUAA